GUCCCCGACUUAGGCCUUUCCCUCAGCGUAUCACCAGCGGUCGCCUCCGAACCGCGUUCUCCCUCAAGACCCCCACUGCCCAGCCUCUCCAAAUUCCGCGGUCGACGGUUUUCUGGCUCUUCACAGCGUCGCAAAUCGUUCUCAGCGCGGACGUCGCAGGCUAGUCGGAAAGUCUCCUGCCAAUCCGACAAAGCCCCCGACACACGUCGGUCCGCGACAGGAAAUACAGACUUCCUUCAGAAGACCUUCGCAUGCGUCUCUGGGAUCUCAGGAAACGAAAAAGGUCUCUCAAACGCCGCACCUUCUUUCCCCUCUCUCCAGGAAAGUCAGCAUGAAAGUGUGGCGGAAAGCUUGACGGUCGUCGUAAAAGGCCUUUUAGACGAGUGUCCUGACAACAACCUUAGUCCAUCGGUCAACGGAUUGGUCGAGGUCGCUCGCCCAACGUCCUCAAUUUCACCGUCCACCUCCUCUCUUACGACGGUUGAUACUUUCUCGCCAAGUAUCCGUGCCACUUCUACUGGAGGACCCUCCGCAGGCAUGAGCCCCACAACGAAACAUCGUCACGCAAGCGGUUCCUCUCCCAUUUCAUCAUCCCUCAUCUGCCUACCAGAAGAGGAGGCGGAGGAGGGUGGUCGAAGGCCCCCCACGAGCGUAUGGGUGGAUGCUGCCACCGCCCACGCCUGGAAUCAGGACGAUGAGGAGGAAGGACCUAUAAACCAUCCUAACCCGCCUACAGAAGCCCACUCGAUACUUAAACUGCAACGUAUCGAUUUGGACCUUUCGGACCUCUCUGAUGGCCUCCGAGUCCUUCUCAUUGAAGACACUCACCUGCGGGCUGGCACACUUUACUCUGUGGCAUUUUCUGAAACCGAAGACUCAUCCGACUUUUCGGAUCGGACAUCUACCCUCAAUCGACUUUACCGAAUUCAGCUGGAUGGCGAAAAGUCCGUCCCUACGUUCUCCUCCACAAUGGAAUCAGGAGGCAACCGAAUAUCCUCCCCGGGACGUUCGUCUGCCCUCCAAACCCCCGCCCCUUCCCCCAGCCCUCUUAGCGGACGUGGCACCGAGCGCCGACGUCAAGGAGAGGCCCUUCUCCAGGCUUGGCAGCUACCUCAG